UUCACUUCGUGUCUGCGCUAUGUUGCUAAGCUUGUUAUAAGACCAUAUUUAAAUGUGUUUUUAUAAUAUUGUAAUGAAAAGGGAAAUUAUUUUAAAAACGAACAUCAGGCUAAAAUAAAAUCAUUCUGACAAAGGGUAGAUAGCUAGCGUUACCUAGCUAGCUGAUGCAGUAUCAACGUUAUCUGAAAUCUCCGCGGUGGAAGCAAUGCUUGAUGGACAUUAGAACACGACGAUAAACGAAGCCAUGGAUAGAGAUAUUAAGACAGAUGUUGGCACUGCAGUGGUUGGAGGGUCAACUGUUGGAGGUAUAGCAACACAGAACAGAUCUGAAGAUGAGGAGACCACAGGUGUGAAGGAUGUGAAAAGAACAGUGGCUCAAGCCUUCAUCGGAGGUGGUCUGGUUCCCAAAAGGAGAAGUUCUUCUAGGUCAAUUAAGAGAAAGAAAUUUGAUGAUGAACUUGUUGAGAGCAGCCUGGCUAAGUCAUCCAGCAGGGUAAAGGGCCCUCCACUAAUUGAGCCAGUUCGAUGUACUGGCACUGAGCCAUCGUCCAAUGAGAAAAAGAAGGUUUCAAAAUCUAGCACCUCCUUAACUCCACCUCUCACCAUGGUAAUCACACCAUCUCCAAUUACUAAAAGAGUGAAGAAAAGCAAGCAACCUCUGCAAAUCACUAAAGAUCUUGGACGUUGGAAACCCACUGAUGACCUGCUCUUAAUUAAUGCAGUGCUCCAGACGACUGAUCUCACGUCUGUGCAUUUGGGAGUGAAGUUCAGCUGCCGCUUCACCCUUAGGGAGAUUCAGGAACGGUGGUAUGCUCUGCUCUAUGACCCCGUUAUAUCAAAGCUGGCUUGGCAGGCCAUGAGACAACUCCACCCAGAGGCUAUCGCUGCAAUACAGAGUAAAGCUCUAUUUAGCCAAGCAGAAGAGGCUCUGCUGGCUAAGAUUAGCUCCAGCAGUCAACCAAAACUGGAGGUGUUCCAGGAAUUGCUGAGCAAGCACCCCAGUAUCUUUUACCCGUCUCGCACAGCUAAGAGCUUGCUGGUGCAUUGGCAACUGCUCAAACAGUACUACUUACUGGAUGAUCAAAGCGUCCAACCACUCCCGAAAGCAGACCAGGUUCUUAACUUCUCGGAUGCAGAGCAGAUGGUUGAUGAUGCCAAGCUAAAGGACAGCAGGGACGAGAUCCUGGAGCAUGAGUUGAUGGUUGCAGACAGACAUCAGAAAAGAGAGAUCAGGCAGCUAGAACAGGAACUUCCUCGCUGGCAGGUCCUAGUGGACAGCAUCACAGGCAUGAACUCCCCAGACUUUGAUAACCAGACAUUGGCAGCAUUAAGAGGCCGCAUGGUCCGAUACCUCAUGAGGUCUAGAGAGAUCACUCUUGGCCGUGCCACCAGAGACAAACAGAUAGAUGUGGAUCUGUCUUUAGAGGGACCAGCAUGGAAAAUUUCCAGACAGCAGGGAAUCAUCAAACUGAAAAACAAUGGUGAUUUCUUUAUUGCAAAUGAGGGCCGAAGACCAAUCUACAUUGAUGGCAGACCCGUUCUCUCUGGUAACAAGUGGAAGCUUAACAACAACUCUGUGAUGGAGGUCAGGAGAACAAAGAGAUCAGCACUUGGCAUCUCUCUCACUUUUAUCCAGAUUGCAGGUCUUCGUUUUGUGUUCCUCAUCAACCAGGAGCUGAUCUCUCUCAUCAAAGCAGAAACGGCCAAGAUGAACCAGCAGUAAUUUGCAGAAUUUCAUCUGUCUGAAGACUCAGAAAGCAAAAAUGCCUAGGACAUUCAACGGGCAGUCUGCUCAGGAUCCAUGCAGUGCAUCUCCAGGCAGGAGCACUUAGAUUGUUGUAUAGAAAAAAUCAGACACAGAGUUCAUUUAUAACAAGAACUCGAGGGCCUUUGAGCGCAACGUAAAAAAAUUUAUCCAAUUCCACAUUGUAUGAUUCAUAUACAGUAAGAAGCUUUUCCAGACCUAUUUGAAUGGGGGUGUUUUGAAUAAGGCCAAACAGUACUUGAGUUCACAAUAUAGUAAAAGUGAAACUAUGCCAGGAAGUGCACCAGCAUAUUGCAGAGCCUAUAUGUGAUAUAGUAAAGCUAUGUAAAAUAGAUUGAAAAAAACUUUUGUUUUGCUGGACAAUGUUGUUCUCUAUCAAGUGCAAAAUAUGUCAAACCAAAAUGCAGAUAUAUGUAUAAAGCUGCAAUUGGGAUAAAACCAUAGCGCAAAAACACUUCAAUGAAACAGUUAAAGUACCAGUCAGAUGUUUGAGAGUAUGUACUCACUGAAAAUUGCUUGGUUUAUAAUUGCCAUUGUUGGAAAAUGUUACUUGUGCUGCACUAAACAAGGUUUAACACAGGAGUGUCAAAGGACUGUCAGUUGUGUCCAAACCAUGUGUUCAGUUUAAUUGAAAUUUACAGGAUUUCUAUUUUUACUUAACAACUAACUUAAAAAAUACUUAAUUGUAUGCUUAUAUUUAAAAAGUCAUAAGCUGCCAACACAAUUAUUAUAUCUUACAUAGUUUGAGUGAUAUAUGUGGUUACAAACAGAUGUACGCAAACCUGUGAUCGGUAUACUGGUCAAGAUAAAAUGCCUGAAAAUCUUGUUUACAUCUUAAACACUGAAUGCACCAUUUUGUUCCUUUAAUUAGGUCAUCUCUUCAAGCAGCAUUAUAAAAUGUUACAGACUGCUCAGAGACCAACUACAACUUUGACAGAGCUAUAGGCAGUUAUGAAUGAUAUCCUUUCAGUGUGCAUGUGACAGUAUCUCUCAAACUAAUUGGCAUAUCUGGCCUGUAAAAGAAUAAAGGUAAUCCCUUAUGUCAAGUGAAAGGAUUUCA